AUGGGCGAACUCAAGAUUGAACAGACAACCCCACAGGGGUCUCUGAGGUGUGCAUUUCAGCUGAGUCUCUGCCCCAGCCCAGCUGGGCGCUAUGACUUCUUUGACUACUGUGCCUCCCUUCCCAGACUGAUCAGGUGCUUUCAGGUUUGGAAGCUCACAGAUCACUGUCCUCCAGGUUGGGAAGAGUCCACGCAGGAGCCCAGGCUGCAGCUGAUCCUGGUGGGGAAGACAGGGGCCGGGAAGAGCGCCACUGGGAACAGCAUUCUGGGCCAGAAGCGCUUCCUCUCCAAGCUGGAAGCCACCACGGUGACCAGAACCUGUGAGGUGGGGAGCCGCUGGUGGGACAGGUGGCAUGUGGAAGUCAUGGACACCCAGGACCUUUUUAAUUCCCUGCUCCCCAAGACAGUCAUUGGAUGUGAGGAACGGGCCUGCUGCUACCUGCUUGCUCCAGGUCCCCAGGUGCUGCUCCUGGUGACUCAGCUGGGCCGCUUCACUGUGCAGGACCAGCAGGCCACACGGGUGCUCAAGAACCUGUUUGGGGAUGAUGUGCUAUUGCACACUAUCCUGCUUUUCAUGCAUAAGGAGGACCUGGCUGGGGAGCUCGCUGCAGAUUAUGGUCAUGGGACAACACACGCUUCUGCACUGGUGGCCCAGUGAGGGGGCCAAGUGUGUGCCUUCUAGAUUGGGGAGGAGGUUGGAGAGUGGGAGGCCCAGGUGCAGAAACUGCUGGCCCUGGUAGAGCCCAUGGUGUGGGACCACGCUGGUGACCCCUACUCCAAAGAUGUGUACAGCUUGGCUCACGCAGUGGCUAGAGCUCACCCUGAAGAGCUGAGGCACCAAGUUGCCAAGAGCCUGGUGGACUGUGCACAGGAGUGGUGGGGACACUGUCCACUGGGCUAG